CGCAGAAACUACGACUCCCAGCAAGCCGCAGUUGUGCGUCAGUCUCCCCGCGCGCUUCCUGUGUGCGAGGCCGAGAAGGCCGGUUUGACCUAGAGGAGAAGAUGGCGGCCUCGGUGGCAGGGUUGGGGCUGAAGGUGCGGCACUUCAGUACCUCUGUGAUUAGGCCAGCAUCCAAGCUAAUACAGCCCCCAAUUCAAAUAUAUGGGUUAGAAGGCCGAUAUGCCACUGCACUCUACUCUGCUGCUUCUAAGCAGAAGAAAUUGGAUCAAGUAGAAAAAGAACUGACUCGUGUGUUGGCAGUAAUGAAGGACCCUAAAUUAUCCGGCAUUGUCAUGAAUCCUUAUGUAAAGGCCAAAGUAAAACAACAAGUUGUGAAUGAUCUUUUACUUAAAGAGAAGCUGUCUCCUCUCACUAUCAAUUUUGUCAAAACACUUGCUGAAAACAGUCGCUUGCCUUACACUCCAGGUGUAAUUUCUGCAUUUGGUAAGAUGAUGAGUGCAUAUCGUGGAGAGAUAUUGUGCUCUGUAACUACUGCUCAGACCUUGGAUGAGACCAAUCUUACUGAAUUGAAAACAACUUUGAAUGGUUUUCUAGCCAAAGGAGAAAUUCUAAAAUUGGAAAUUAAGUCUGAUCCAUCAAUCGUGGGUGGAAUGAUUAUCAGCAUUGGAGACAAGUACAUUGACAUGUCUACAAAGACCAAAAUUCAAAAACUGAGCAGGAUCAUGAGAGAAGUUAUAUAAUGUUCAUCCAGUUAUGAAUGUUCAUCAAAAACCUGUAAGAUCUAUAAUGAGAACAAUAAAAAUGUUUAUCCUUAAAAUA